GAUCCUAAAUAAAUUAAUUUUAGCAAUUCACGCGGGUAGAGAAUUGUACUAUAAAAAGUGAAUUCAAAAUAAAAAAAGAGAACCUAUAACUAAGUUGGCUACUAUUCCCAAAUCUUAUAGAAUAGAUUAAGAUAAUCUAUUUUGAUAGAAAUAAAGAAAUCUUCUUAAUCAAUCAAAUAAUCAUUCCAUUAUUUUAUUUCGUAGCCUGACUGAUGAUAGUGUAAAUAAUUGAGGAAUCGGUCAUUGAACCAAAAUCAUUUCUUUUUGAAGUUUAUCUUUCUAUAUAAAGGGUAAUAUGGAUAUUUUACAAUUUCCUAUUAACAUGCUGAAUUAUUUCUACGAGAUAUCCGGUGUGGAAGUAGGUCAGCAUUUUUAUUGGCAAAUAGGGGGGUUUCAAGUUCAUGCACAGGUACUUAUAACUUCCUGGAUUGUAAUUGCUAUCUUAUUAGGUUCAGCUACUCUAGUUGUUCGAGACCCACAAAUCAUUCCAAACGGAGCACAAAAUUUUUUGGAAUAUGUUCUUGAAUUUGUUCGGGACUUGGCUAGAACUCAGAUUGGUGAAGAAGAAUAUGGUCCCUGGGUUCCUUUUAUAGGGACUAUGUUUCUAUUUAUCUUUGUUUCUAACUGGGCAGGUGCUCUUUUUCCUUGGGGAAUUAUUAAAUUACCUCAUGGGGAAUUAGCCGCACCUAAAAAUGAUAUUAAUACCACAGUAGCUCUAGCUUUGCUCACAUCAGUAGCUUAUUUUUAUGUAGGUUUUACAAAGAGGGGUUUAGGCUAUUUUGGUAAAUAUAUUCAACCAACCCCAAUACUUUUACCAAUUAACAUAUUAGAAGAUUUUACAAAACCUCUAUCACUUAGUUUUCGACUUUUUAGAAAUAUAUUAGCUGACGAAUUAGUAGUUUCCGUUCUUGUUUCCUUAGUACCUAUAGUGGUACCUAUACCUGUAAUGUUCCUAGGAUUAUUUACAAGUGGUAUUCAAGCUCUAAUCUUUGCAACUCUAGUCGCAGCUUAUAUAGGCGAAUCCAUGGAGGGUCAUCAUUAA